AUGAGAGCCAAGGUUGCGGAUUUUGGAUUGUCCAAAGAGAUGGUUUUUGAUAGAAUGAACUCUGGAUUGAAAGGCACUCACGGAUACAUGGAUCCAACGUAUAUUUCGACUAACAAGUACACGUUGAAGAGCGACAUUUACAGUUUUGGUGUCAUCAUCCUUGAGCUCAUUACUGCAAUCCAUCCCCAACAGAAUCUGAUGGAAUACAUCAACCUGGCUUCGAUGAGUCCAGAUGGUAUUGACGAGAUAGUUGAUCAGAAGCUAGAGGGAAACGCAAGCAUUGAAGAAGUGAGGUUACUGGCCAAGAUUGCAAACAGAUGUGUGCACAAGACACCAAGAAAAAGACCAUCCAUUGGAGAAGUCACACAGUUUAUACUAAAGAUCAAACAAGGUCGGUCUAGAGGAGGAAGAAGACAGGACACAAUGUCUUCAUCGUUUGGUGUUAUUGAUGGAGAGGAUAUGUCAAGGGUUAUAAGCAGGAUUAAGGAUCAGCAUGUUGAGUUAGGGUUAUUGGCUGGUGUCAAAGAAGAGGAUCAUCAAGAGAGUAACAAUACAACAACAUUGUAA